AUGAUUCUUACUAGACGAUCAUUCUUAAUUUAUUGUGCCAUUGUAAUUAUAUCGAUGUUAUUGUCAGCAGUGGUCAAGAGAUCAACACCAAUUGGGUCGAUAUCUACUCGAAUUGGGUUGAAAGCAUCGACAAUAGUCACUAAAAGAACAUUUAACUUCUCCAAUAGUACCACAACUACUGUAUCAGCCAAUUCUAGUUCAACUGCAGCAAGCUCUACUGCCCUUAACUAUGAUACUGCAUUCACCAGCACUUUGAAUUAUAACAUUGCUGUGGCUUAUCAACCUAAGGACCGCGAAGAUAAGAACUUAUUCCAAAGAAAUAAUGCCAAACAAGUACCACCGGCUAUACAAUCACCUACAGGUGAGGACAACUUAUUUGUUAGCCAGUUAUCUUCUAAUGGAUAUCUUGCCCUUGGUGUUGCCGAUGGAGUUGGAGGUUGGUCGGAAGCAGGGUAUGAUUCGUCCGCGAUAUCACGAGAAUUGUGUGCGUCCAUAAGAUCACACUUUGAAAAUAAUGAUAAAACGGUGUCUCCUAAACAAUUGUUAUCGAUUGCAUUUAAAGAAAUUAUAGAAUCGCCGAAGGUGGAAAUUGGGGGAACUACUGCAUGUAUUGGAAUUUUGGGUCCAAAUAAGGAAUUUCAAGUGGCUAACUUAGGAGAUUCAUGGUGUGGAGUGUUUAGAGAUUUUAAAUUAAUCCAUGAAACCAAUUUCCAAACCCAUAACUUUAACACUCCUUAUCAAUUAUCCAAAAUACCAAGACAUAUACAACGACAAGCAGAAAUGGAGGGAAGAAGAUAUAUCGUUGAUACCCCAGACCUAGCAGAUGAAUAUGUAUGGAAGUUACAACUGGGAGAUUUAGUGAUGUUUGCAACUGAUGGUGUUACUGAUAAUGUUGUUCCCCAAGAUAUUGAAAUAUUCUUAAAGGAUCAACUUGGAGAAAACAGCAAAAAGUUGGAUGAAGUUGCAACCACAUUUGUUAAAGAGGUAGUGACUGUAUCUAAAGAUCAUAAUUUCCCUAGUGCGUUUGCCCAAGAGUUGUCCAAGUUGACAGGACAAAAGUACUUGGGUGGUAAAGAGGAUGAUAUCACAGUAGUUUUGGUCCAAGUUAAUUAG